AUGUCCCUCAGAGCUGACGCAGCCCCGUGUGGAGGGGUGGUGGUGGACUUUGAGUCUGAUGACGUCCGAGAGGCACGCAAAAAGAAGGCCAGGAGUAUACCAGGGUCAGCUCUUAUCUACCUCAGGGGCCCCAAAUUUCUGAUCUAUGUCAGUGGAGCUCUGUCCAUGUGGGGCGAUCGUAUGUGGCACUUUGCUAUCUCUGUCUUCCUUAUUGAACUGUACGGACGAAACCUACUACUGACUGCCGUGUUUGGCUUGGUAGUUGCUGGUUCGGUGCUGCUUCUUGGCGCCAUGAUUGGGGAUUGGGUCGACCGCAAUCCAAGGAAUAAGGUGGCCCAUGCAUCCCUCUUCAUUCAGAACAUUUCAGUGACCGUGUGCAGCAUUGUUCUCAUGCUUGUAUUCUCAUACAAAAAGUGGAUUGAACAGAUUUGGGAUGGCUGGCUAACUGUAGUUUGUUAUACGGUGGUGAUCAUCCUGGCAGAUGUGGCUAAUUUAGCAAGCACAGCCCUGACCAUCGCUAUCCAAAGGGACUGGAUUGUGGUCAUCACUGGAUACAACCGUGGACACCUUGCUGGAAUGAAUGCCACCAUGCGUCGAAUAGACCAAGUGACCAACAUAUUGGCCCCACUUGCUGUAGGGCAAGUCAUGACCCUGGCAUCUAAUGUAGUUGGCUGCGGAUUCAUCUUGGGCUGGAACCUUGUGUCUCUGAUAGUCGAAUUCAUCUUCCUCUCACGGGUGUACCGCAUCGUCCCAGAACUCUCUGAAAAACCUCCAGCGUUGGAGGUGGAUGAUGAGAACUUCUUGGAGGGGAGGACGGAAAGGACAAUCGCCACAGGUCUGCACGUGACAGAGGAACGCUGCAGCAUCAGCCUCCACCUGAAGGAGAUAACCAACCUGCCUCUGUGCUUCCGCAAGUUCCAGUGGUUCCUAAGUACCUGCAAAGAGGGCUGGAAGGCCUACUACCGCCAGCCGGUGUUUUUCGCCGGCAUGGGCCUCGCUUUCCUUUACACCACCGUGCUGGGCUUUGACUGCAUCACCACGGGCUACGCCUACACUCAGGGCAUCAGCGGCUCACUGCUCAGCCUCCUCAUGGGCGUGUCAGCCAUCACUGGUUUGAUGGGCACCGUCAUGUUCACCAAGCUUCGCAAAGUUUACGGCCUCGUCAACACUGGUGUCAUCUCCAGCUGCCUGCACCUGGGCUGCUUACUCCUCUGCGUGUGCUCUGUGUUUGCUCCUGGAAGCCCUAUGGAUCUUAGUUUACUGAUGCCCUUCACUGAGUCGGCGAAUGAUUCAGAGUCCAGGAACAUGGCAAGGCCGAGACAGAAACAAACCUAUCCUCUUCAGGGCGUCAGCAACCAGCCUCUCUUGCCCGACCGCUCCUCCAUCCACUGGACUAACACCACCGUGCUGUUUGAAAACAUGCCGUCAGGAAACACGCCUGACAGCUAUGUCUCGAUUAUCUUGCUGUUCCUGGGCGUCAUCACAGCACGAAUUGGCCUCUGGUCCUUUGACCUAACAGUGACCCAGCUUCUUCAGGAAAACAUUUGUGAGUCGGAACGUGGCGUGGUCAAUGGCGUCCAGAGCUCCAUGAACUACCUUAUGGAUCUGCUGCACUUCAUCAUGGUCAUCUCUGCUCCACAACCACAGCAUUUUGGCAUCCUUGUCAUUAUCUCUGUUUUAUUCAUCACCACAGGACAUACUAUGUACUUCCUCUAUGCUCGAAAGGCGAAGAGAAAACAGCAUCUGAACACAUAA